CAACAACAAGCAGUCAUUUCCGAUUUGACAAACAAAAUGGCUUUGGUGGGGUACCUACUGGCAUCUUAGCGAUUCGUCAAGAGGAUCAAUAGCAGUAGGUAUCCCAUCAACACACAUGGGCCCAAGGCUGCAUGACUGACAAGACCCUUACAAGAAUGACCAUUACCAUCUUGUCAGUGAUCUUUGCCAUUGUGUGCUAUACAGCUCAUCAGCACUCGACGGCAAACGCAGCACGAACGGGCGAGUACUAUGAUGGGAGCGGACCAUGUGAUGGGGUUUUGCUGCCGACUGAAUCCGACUUUGCAGACAGUAAGACUGCAGGGCUGAAUACCGAAAACUUUGAGGCUCUAUCUUGCAUCCUCAAGGUCAAGCAUGCCAGCGAUUCGAGGAAUACAGCGACUUGGCACUGAGCCCAGGAUGACUCGGAGUUCCACGCGAGAGGUCCAGAGCUUGCGGCUUGCGAAUUCCAGUUCAAACGCAACCAUCCGAACGUACUGAAGCACCACAGAUGUGCUACGCAUGUGAAUUUCUGUGCCGACAACUGAGUUGGCGUGCUCCAAGCAUGAUCAUGAUUCGUAUGAAGCGAGCUUUAGCACUGUGUAUCCCAUUGCAUGUAGCAGCUGAUAGAACCACUAGCAACAGAACAUUGUAAUCUCUGAUUGACAAUGAAAUAGUUGCUUACACUCUUUCCAAAAGCAUCGACGGCGGCCUCUCGUGAUCCAGACGGAUUGAAACCGGUCUCUACCUCCACGAUUGACCGAUUGACCGCUCAAGGUCAGGACACAUUACUCUGGACGUGGCCAGACCAACCUUGUCCGUAUUGGCCGUAUGAAUGUGACUUUGGUCAAAACAAGACCGGAAACCUGUAUCCGUGCCACCUUUCAUCUUUUGUUGCAUGAUCAUAGUCAACACGCCUAGACAGCAAGGGCUACAGCGUUUCGAGAGUGUAUUAUGGGUACUGAUGAGCUCAGCAAAUUGAGAAUAUCAAGGUAUGCGAUCCCAAGUUCAAGGCUCAGAACUGACCAAAGUAGAAGAUUCCUCUGCGCUUCAUAUGUGGACUCGCAUGGCCAAGGUUGCAGAGAGUGUUGGAUGUCCACAAAGCAGGAGAAAAUUAUCUCAAAGGACGCUCUUCACAUGCAGGCAAGUAUACUAGGCACAGUCAGUGGAGUCCGACUGAUUUUAGCUUGUACCUGCUUCUGUAGCUGAUUACAUUUGCCCGAAUGAUGCAAAUCUGUGAACGUUAUUGCCUACACGGUCUCAUGAUUAUCAGCAAUGAGCCUCUUUGAGCUGGCCCUAUAAG